UGAAAUGGAACUAUAAUUUUCCUGCUUGAGCAGAGAGUUGGAUUAGAAGAUCUCCAAGGUUCCUUCUCAUUCUGUUAUUCUUUUAUUUAUAAUGAAACAUUUUAAUUUGUGAAAUUGUUUUAUAAAACAUAAUUGCUAAAGCUACGUUUUAUCUGACAUAUAAAAUAAACCUUAAUUAACCUUAAUAAAGUAGUACAUUUCUUGAUCCAAUUAAAUCAUUUACUUUUAUUUAGGGAGAGGCUUCUACAAGUUUUUUAUUUUAAUGGUCAUGGGAUUGGAAUGUUUAAAAAUUCCUCACUAAUAGCUUGGUUGAUAGCUAAGUUUAAAAAUUUGCUUAGGAGGACAACUUAAGUUAAUAAACCUAUUCUGUCAGUAGAAGCUUAUAUCUGAAUAAACAGAACUUCAAAGGUCCUCUUCUUCACUGGCAACAAAACGUCUGGAAAAAAUUUAAUUGUCCAUUGCAGUUCAUUAGCAAUAAUCAAAUACAUACUUUGAGCAACUGAUGUGUAUAGCAGAAUGGCUCUUACAUAAGAGUUCAGUUGGGAACAUUUCUCCCUGAGGGAAAAUGGAAUGAAUUGUCAUUGGCCAGUGCCUUAGUCUGGGAGAAAAUGUUGAGUGAAUAAUAAUAAGAAUGGAUAGAUACAGAUUCUAACAGAAGUCAAGGCAAAAGGCUACAUUCAGUUGAAUGUACAUGCUAGUUGCCAUUCAAGAAUUCCCUCCACUAUAUUUUAAAUAAAAAUGAAAACCAUGCCAAUUAAGACUUUCAAUAUGAUAAUGUAACACAUAUAUUUUAAGCUGGAAAACAAGUAGCUUUAUUUAUUCAUUUAGUCAGUCAUCUUAUAAGGUACCAUAAUAACAUAAGCAACUAGGUUAAUGUGUAACAUACUAAAAUUAUCAAAUAGUGGCAAACAACAACACUCUAUUACUCUACUGGAGAAAGAAAGAUUGAAACUGGAGGAAUAAUAUCACAAUAUCAUUGCAUAUGUUGAAACCUCUAUGUUGAGCAACAGCAGAGUUCAGCUAUACAAACUUCAGCCAGGAUGAUACUAUCCCACAGUAACUAUUACGUUUUUUGACUUAUAUGCAGAUUCUUUGACCAAUUCAAAUAACAGACUCAAUAUAAUGAUUAUAUGACCUCGUCCCAAUUUUGAAAAACACUGAAAAGAAGCAACUGUGCAGUUAUUUUUUUCAUAUUAUCUGAAUAUGCUAUAAAAUUGGGAUAUUUUGUUUGGCUUCUAUCAGAAAGCUGUUGCUGGUCCCUCAGAGGAAGAUAAAUUAUUUUUUACUUAUUUAUUUAUCAAUCACAGUGAUUCUGCAUAAAUCUAAUCAUGAAUUGACUAUUUCACAUGACAUUUAUAAAUAAUGUUAUUCAAAGUAUGAAAUUUAAAAAAUUUAAAAAAUGCAAUAGCAGUUUCAUCUAGUCAUACCUGACAUUUUUUAUUUUAAGCCAACAUUCUUUAAAUGAUGCUUUCUGUUGUGCCAUCCUACAGAGUUUCUUGUUCCUAAUCACUGGGGGUUAGAAAUUUUAGUCAAGUUGUAAAUACUUACCACACAACAAUAAACUAUUUUAAUAACAUACAGUUCCACAAAAAGGUUUCAUAUGAAAAUGAAAAGAGGAAGAAAGAAUUAUACAGACUGACACAAGAGAGGGAUUUGUACAUUUCCUUUUUUAAUACAUUCAGGGGAUUUCCAUUUCACGAGCAAUGCAGUCAGGAAUUGGGUAGGGGAGGGGGGACAGGCAUGUCAAAGAAAUCUUUGCCCACAUUAACGGAAACAAAAGUAUUGCAUAUAUGUGUGUGUGUGUCAUAUAUGUAGAUAUAUAUAUAUAUAUAUAUGACAUCCAAAGUGUUAUACCACAUUUCUGUUCAUCAUUAUACAACUGGGAACUGAUCUUGCCUUAAAGGAGAAGUUUAAUUUUUAUAGGUAAGUGAGGACUAUUUAUUUAUUAUAUUUUUACAAAUAAGGCAGUGAACAUAUCCAACACAUCUUUCUUCGCCUAUUUUCCAACAACAAAAACUCUGUGAGAUGAGUUGGGCUGUGGGUGACUGGCCCAAGGUUACCCAACUGGCUUUCAUGGCUAAAGCAGAACUUGAACUCACGGUCUCUUGCUUUCUAGCCUGGUGCCUUAACCACUAGACCAAUCCUUCCACUGCAAAUCCUGGUUUCUGCAUAAUUUAAAUAAACAAAUCCUAAAUUUGUAAGGAUUUUAAAUACAGUCUAAAAUAAAAUAAUUCAAGGAAAUUAGUGACACAUUCAUGCAUUGCAUUAAGAAAUGGAUGCCAAAAUGAAAAAUCACAUAAUGAUAACAUGACUAUGCCAAAAAUGUGUUAACUGAACAAGUAUGUGCAAAGACAAAACCAGCACAAUGUGCUACAUUUAUAUAUAGCAUAAUAGGUUAAACGCAUUUAUUAUCUGCUGCUAAAAUAUGCAGCAGAUUAUGCAGCAGAAAUAUGUAGCAGACACUACCUUCACUGUCUUUAGAUGACAGUGACACUAUAAUUUUAUCGUGAGACAACUAAUGACAAUUAAUGACAAUGCUAGACUCAUUUUUAUGGAAUUUUCAGCUGGGAUAGAUUACUGAGACCUUUGUAGUAGCCUAGAUAGAUGAUCUAAAUUAGAAAUUAGAUGUGGGCAGUGCAUUCCUGCUAGUUUUCCAGAGCCCCUUAAUAGCUUUUGGUGCCAUUGUUUCAGCAUCUUUUUGGCAGUGUAUUCUUGUCAGACCAUGUUCUAAAGAAAAUGCUGUGCAGUUAUAUUUGUUACGUAGGCUGUUGAUCUUUGGUCCUACAAUAAUUUAUCUUGUCACCAUAUUGUUUAAUAUGUAUGUUAAACAUUUUUGGAAACAUCAUGUGAGAUAUUGGCAUUGCAUGUCAUCAGUAUAUUGAUGACACCUAACAUAUUUGAUUUUCUGAAAGACUCUCAAGACUUGGUUAUGCUGUCAGGACAUGGCCUUCCUGAAAAGCAGAGAUUUGUCUCAGUGGUUCCAUUAGUGAGGAAGCCAUUUUUAUCCUCCCUUUGCCUAUGAAAUUAUUGUCUUUCAAAGCAGCCUAUAUUCAAAUAUAAGCAAUUCAAAAUAGAGGAAAAACCCUUUUUUGCAGAUUCAAAAUUAGAAAAACAGAAUAUGGAAUGGAAAAAAAGGAAGAUAAAACAAUUUUAUUAAGAAUGUUGUCUGAAGGAUAUCUUUGUAAAAUCCCUUAUCAUGAGCUCUUGAAUUACACGCUCUAUGGAACAGAAACAGAAGAGGCAAUACAUGAAUUGAAGUCAUUAAAUGGUGUCACUUAUGAAUCAACAGACAACAUGCAAAGUAGAAGUUUAUUUUGCAAUUAUAGAUCCAUGGACACAUUUAUGAUCUCUGUUUCUUCCAAAAAACACAAAAAUAAUAAACAAAAGAAAGACACAUUGAAACAAACUAUUCAGUAUCCAAUAUUUGAAAGGCAAACAUCUGAACCUGUGGAAAUCUGUGUGGGAUCAUCCAUAAGCAAAGACACUUACCUUGUUCCUUCUUCUUGUAAAAGCAUUUGUAAGAACUACAAUGACCUGCAUAUCGCUGGUGAUCAAGUGCUGCCAAUGAAUUCAAUUAAAAGAGAUGCUAUUUAUGACAGUGGGAUAUGCCCAUUCUUGGAAUCGUCAGAGAUUCCAUUGGCAAUAGAUUCAAUUCCAAUAUUGCCUGUUGAGGUCCCGCGGAAACCGUCCCAAAGGAAUUCAUCAUGCUGCAUCAUGGCCAGCAUCAUGCACCAUCAGCAGCCUCUCUCAAAUUCAAUUCUGAAUAAUUAUUUGGAAGAGAAAGUGCUAGAGCUUUAUAAACAAUAUAUCAUGGAUGUGAUGGGCAGCAGCAUAUCUCCCACUCAAAUCUUGACUUCAGAGUUCAUAAUGACAAAUGUAGAUCAAAUCAGCAUGAAACUAUCCCAAGAGAUGAACAUGAAGACCACCGAAGCCAAAGAUAUGGUUAUUAACUGUCUUCUGCAAUUAGCUAGUGGAAAGGUGUCAAGUGAAAUGAGCACUCCCAGUCUCCACAUUUCCCAGUUCAGCACUAAAUAAAGUUCACUCUAUCUUGAAAGGUAGAAAUCAGUUUAAUUUCUGAGUUAUAAAACUACUAAAUAUUGGUCACUCCCAAACCUAGUGAAAGCUUCCUUUUGUGUAUGGGAGCAUCAUUUGGCUGUACAGAUAAUUUAUAUAAUGUAAAUCCAUUAUGUCUAAUAACAAUAAAGAUAACUAUGAAUUUUUCUCUUAAUAAAUCAUUUUUAAAUGA